CAACAUGUCGGUUAAUCUUUACGGUAUGGACGCACUAAGCUAGGGCAAAUUGAAGAUGAUAUUCUUGUAGAGAACAAAAAGUUACAGUCGUCGGUAUAGGAACUAAUUUGCAGACACAAACGGUAACGCCACAAAUUAAGGGAAAAGGUCACGGACAGCGCUGCUCACAGCCUAAGUCCACUCGCUCGGUGCGAAAGAAUAAGUCUUCUUCUGUCGUACGUCAUCACAGUGUCACGACCAAUCAGGUGGCGGCAGUUUAUCAGAGAUUUUAAUUGCUCAUUAAAGUUUUAGCAUGAUAUUCCAAAUAUGAUGAAAAUAUACACAGCCAUCUAUUUACUGUUCACAUAUAUUCGCUUUUUGCCGUUUUUACAUUAAAAUAUUGUUUCCAUGUUUAUUUUCUCAGACCUAAAAAGAUUUUCGAUUGCUCAACUACUCAAACCUCGCAGUCAAUGCUUAAGCUAUUUCGAGUAUGCAGUCAACACCUACACAUUUCUGGAAUACAUCGGUGACCUGCCUCAUUCUUCUCAGUGACAAUGACCGACGUGUGCCAUAUGUGCUAUGGUGGUGUAUUAGACUUCCACUCUAAAUUUCAAGGAAAAACAGAAGACCUUAUCAUGUUUUUACAGAAUCAUGGACUUUUAUUAACUGAAAAAAGUGUGAAAAGUGUAGUGCGAUUUGUAGACUAGAUAUUAAGAACAUCCCGGAUUCCAAUCAAAGACUGCAUCGCUUCCUCCUUGCCGCUGCUAAUCUGUACCCUCCGCAGUAAGGUGUAUAUGUAACCCGGGAAACAAAAAAAUACAAUACCGGCGUAAGGUAAAUGGGCACAUGCGCAGAAGAUGACCAACAAACGGCUGCAACAACGUUAAGCAGACAGGUGCAUCCAGGCCGAGGGUUGAGACCGCAAUACACAGUCGUCUGCUGUUGAAAAGGUUUUCUGGACAUGGUGAGAAGCGGGCAAAGGGCGUGGUGGGUGGGCGUGGCGUUUCUACUGCUGGGGAACUCCACGUGGGCGAGUGAGUUAACGUAUACCAUGGGCGGCAAUGGCAUGUGUUUUGGUUUGAUGAAGACUCUGCCGACGCGCACGAAUACCUACUGUGCUAUGGCUUGUAGUUCAAAUAGUGCAUGCAACGCGUUCGACUACCAAUAUGAAAAAUGCUCACUGUACCUACAUGUGGUUCAGCCAGGGUCAACCACCGUGAAUUGCUAUGUUCCAACGGAUGCCCUUACAGCCGACCUGCCAAGCCCUAACGACCUGGCGACCCCCCCGCCCCCGACCACUCAGCUGGCGGCCAUGGCAACAACCCCCUCGGCCGGUUCAUCAACCAUAGACUUCAAUGGAGUAAGUGAAUUAGAAGUCAGUUUCCUGAAUAGAUGCCCCACCAACGGAGGAAUCAUUGGAAUAUUCGAGAACGGAGGCAUAUAUUACUUCCUGUGCAGACGGUCGCCCAACGAAAUCCCGCUGAACGUGGCAGAUCCUGCUUCGCCCUGUCCCGGCACCAAGGUAGAUUGCCUGACCACCACGUGCGAUCCGGACAAGAUCUUCAUCGGCUACGACCAGAACGGGCCAAAGGGACCCUGUUACACCAUCAGCAGUCAACAAGCCACCGUUGACAAGGGAGACUGCUACGUCGAAACCUCCGCCGCCGCUCUGCCAUCCGGGAAGGGCGACACGUGGACGCAGUGGCGAAUCUGCCGCACGGACGACUUCUUUGUGACCGUGGCGGCCAGCGUGCCCGGCGGCAGCAUCGAGAGCGUUACUUGCUGCAGAGCCAAAGUUAUGUAAUUAGGACUACGUCACUGGUGGUUUCUGUAACAUCAGGGUCCUUGGUCCGCAUAUUCAAAGCACACGGGUACUGGGCAGGCAAAGCUUAGACAAAAUGUAGUUUAGCAAUACAUUGCUUAGGAUAUUUCACCCACUCUGCCCCCGAAACACUAAGAUCAACGGCGGAUGAUGGCAGAUUGCGGCCAUUAACAAAGCAAUGAACGACACAGAGAAAGCUGUAAAUAAAAUUUGAAAUGCUACGUAUCAUUUACGCCACAAAAUCCCGAUGCUUGGUACUUUCUUGUUACUUCCUAGUUACACACACACACACACACACA